UCCAAACAAUCCAAAUAUCUAGAGAGAGAAAGUUCAACAACAGAAUCAAACCGCCUUUGCACGCCUAGUUUGAACGAAACCGCGGCACCUCCAGAGCAAAACCACCGGCGAUUCGACGCCUCUCUCUCUCUCUCUCUCUCUCUCUCUCUCUCUUUCUUUAGUUCGCUCGUAGCUUCUAAGGCACGUAGUGAUCCGACGCCGCUGUUGUUCCACUGUCUAAUGUGAUUUGAAGCUUCCAAAAUGGAGCGGGCGCCGAUCAUAGCUGGCCCCGGCGCGGAUUUGCCGAUCAUGCACGACAGCGACCGCUACGACCUGGUCCGGGACAUCGGCUCGGGAAACUUCGGCGUGGCUAGACUCAUGAGGGAUAGACACACCAGAGAGCUCGUCGCCGUCAAGUACAUCGAGCGAGGCGACAAGAUAGAUGAAAAUGUCCAAAGGGAAAUCAUAAAUCAUAGGUCUUUGAGGCACCCCAACAUUGUUCGGUUUAAAGAGGUCAUACUCACACCAACACAUCUGGCUAUUGUAAUGGAGUAUGCAGCUGGAGGAGAGCUUUUUGAUCGAAUUUCCAAUGCAGGGCGCUUCAGUGAGGAUGAGGCUCGCUUCUUCUUUCAACAACUGAUAUCUGGAGUCAGCUAUUGUCAUACAAUGCAAGUAUGUCACCGUGAUUUGAAGUUGGAAAACACGUUAUUGGAUGGCAGCCUUGCUCCUCGUUUGAAGAUAUGUGACUUUGGGUACUCCAAGUCUUCUGUGUUGCAUUCACAACCAAAAUCAACCGUAGGGACUCCUGCUUACAUUGCUCCAGAAGUGUUACUUACUCAAGAAUAUGAUGGCAAGAUUGCAGAUGUGUGGUCCUGUGGCGUAACAUUGUAUGUAAUGCUUGUUGGUGCAUAUCCUUUUGAGGACCCUGAUGGACCAAGGGACUUCCGGAAGACAAUUCAUAGAGUUCUUCAAGUCCAGUACUCAAUUCCAGAGAAUGUUAAAAUAUCUCCUGAGUGUCGCCACCUAAUCUCAAGGAUUUUUGUUGGAGACCCUGCUCAGAGGAUUACCAUGGCCGAGAUAAGUAACCAUGAGUGGUUUCUGAAGAACCUGCCAGCAGACUUCACGGACGAGAAGAUGACGAGCAACCAGUAUGAAGAACCUGAUCAACCGAUGCAAAGCAUUGAUGAAAUCAUGCAUAUAAUAUCUGAAGCCACCAUACCGCCGGUUGGUCUGUAUGACUUUGACCUAGAUGAUGACGACAUGGACGAUCUGGACUCCAAUCCUGAUUUUGAUAUUGAUGUCGACAGUAGUGGAGAGAUCAUCUAUGCUGUAUGAUUGCAAUUCCUUUCUCGGUUUCCCGCAUUCACUUUCCUCAGUUAAUAUGCUUUUGCAGGGAAUUAAGUUGAGUUUUCUGCUUCGAUCCCCCCUCCUUUCGAUGAUGCCUUGUUUGUGGAAAAUGAUGAGCUUGUAGAAUUUUUAGACAAAAAAAGAAGAAAUUGUCAAGAAUGAUGUGCCAGUUAGUGAUACCUCUGUAGUUAUGGAAAACAGUGGUGUCCAGUAUAUGGACUUUCUAUGUACGGCUUCCGAUUGUAUAGCAUUCCUUGUUAUAUUUAUCAUUUUUUGCAUGACGCGGUGUUCCUUGUUUGUGGAUUUUUCGACUUCUGGACGCCAGUGCUAUGUGUAUUUAUUAACCGUUUUAACA